AGAAGCCCCACUGCCAGCGUCCGGCCAUGGCCCGCGACCGCGGCCCGCCCGUGCUGUGGCAGUCCCCGGCUUCCCCGCGCCUGCCCGCAGCCGCUCUGCCGGCCGAGGCCCGCGGCUGGGGCUGGCUGGGAGCGGGGCUGUGGCCGGCGCUGGUGGUGGGGCUCCUGGCCGCCCUGGUCGCCUGGUUCUGGUACGGCGGCAACGAUGGACGGGGAGAGGAGGGCGGCGAGGCGGCCCCGGCGGUCCAGCAGGCGAGGGGAGAGGCGGAGGCUGCAGAGGACCUUCUGGUGAGCAGUGAGGAAGUGCUGCGGCAGGCAAAGGCUGCUGCUCUGUCCAGCCUUCAGAAACCAGGAGAGGAUUUGACGGCGGCACCAGGGAGUGAACUCAACCAUACCCCGAGCGGUACGGCUUCCUCUAAAUCUCCAGAGACUGAGCAACUGCUGCCAAAGCAGUGUGUCACCUCCUCGGAGACUGACGCUGGGCAGCGUCUGGCUGAUGAACGUGAUGGCCAGGGAGAAUCGAGACCACAGGUGGGGCAGGCGGGUGAGGGAUGGUGCGUGAUGAACUUGGCAGGAGCCUCUGGUGAGGUUUGUAAGGACAGAAGUGAGGAGAAGCUGUGCCAGCCAGCCGAGAGCCGUGACUUGGACCAUGAAGAUUGGGAAGUUGUUUCUGAGCACCUGGACUGGGGGGAGGCUGGUCAGAAUGGCAGCAUGGAAGACUCAGACAGCAAAGAAUGGGAACAAGGAGACUGCUCUGAUGGGGACUUGAAAGCAAAGAGAGUUGCAGCGGUGCCCCCAAUGUUUCAAAACAUCCACGUGACUUUCCGUGUGCACUACAUCACACACUCUGCUGCUCAGCUGAUUGGUGUUACCGGUGACCAUGAGUGUCUCGGGCAGUGGCACAGUUAUGUUCCCCUCAAGUCUGACAAGGAUGGCUUCUGGUCUGAGUCUGUCACCUUGCCGGUGGACACCAAAGUAGAGUGGAAAUUUAUCUUGGUGGAGAACGGGAAGGUCACACGUUGGGAGGAAUGCAGUAAUAGGACCCUAGUGACCGAACACGAAGAUCAAAUCGCUCAUCAGUGGUGGGGAUACCACUGACUGGAUUUUGGACACUGCUUAUCUAAACCUGCUUAGAUUAAUCACAGAGCCCCUAAGCUUUCUCCCCUCUUCAGUAGGAUACCUUUGUGACUGCGCCGCUCCGUAAGUCCCAUAUCAAAUCUGAUUAAACUGUGUGAGCAGUAGAUCUUGGUUGCUCCCCUUUCCCCCCCCCUCGAUUUGGAAGUCACUUGGCAACCUGAAAAACCAAUGUUGGCCAUCUUCUGAAGAUGUGCCAAGUAGGAUAUGAAGGCAUGAGCAGCAUUCUGAGCUGCUGCCUGUCUCUAACUCUGGACCCUGGACUUGAGUUGACCCUUGACAGUUUGUGCUGCUUUGAGUGGGGCUGUGGGAUGCAUCUUUGUGCUGAUGGCUUAGGGCUAUAAAAGCAUACUAAGAAGCAUGGUUACCUACACUGUAAGAUGAGCUUAAAUGUUGUAACUUAUGUAAUGUAUCAAGUAAGCAAUAAACACUUUCAGACUGAUGGUCCUUUAUAACACAA